UCUCCAGCAUCUGCAGACCUCACUUUCUCCUCAAAGAUUUCUUUGCCUAUGGACAAGUAUAUUUAUAUUCAAAUCCUGUAAAGGGAAUGCAGCAGAGGAUAACCAGCCUGAUUCUUAGAAAGGUGAGACUGGCUUAUGAGGAGACUGGGCCUAUAUUGUCAAGAGUUUAGAAGAAUGAGGGGCAAUCUCAUGGAAAUGAACACAUUUUUUUAACGGGGUAGACAGGGUAGAUCUCAAUCUAGUUAACUCCUUGCAGCCUCUUCCACACAUUUACUUCCUUCUUUAAAUAAGGAGACUAAAAUUGUACAAUUAUUUGAAAUGUGUUCUCAUCUGUAUGAGGGCAAUCCUUACUUUUAUGCUAAAUUUCCUCUUGUAAUAAAGGACAAUAUUUCCAUUAACCUUUUAACUGUUUAUUGUGACUCGUGCUUGAACAUCUGUAUCCUUCUAAACUUCAGAAUUCUGUAGUUGUUCACAGUUUAAGUAAUACUUUAGUUUUUAAAAUUCUUCCUGCCAAAGUGAACAACUUCACAUUUUUCCCCACAUUAUAUUCCAUCUGCCACAUUUUUUGCUUGUUCACCCAAUCUAUCUAUAUUCUGUCUACAACCACCAUAUGUCCUCUUUACAGCAUGCGUUCCUGUCCAUCUUGGUGUCAUCUGCAUAUCGAGCUUCUAUGCCUUUUGCUCCUCAUCUAAGGUAUUGAUGUAAAUUGUAAAACAUCAAAACCUCUGCAGAAACCCUGUGAGACCCCACUGGUACAAUCACAAAGACCUGUUUCUGCAUACUCUGUUUUCUGCACCCAGCCAAUUCUCUAACUAUGCUGGUAUGCUGCCCCCUGUGCCAUGAGCGCCUGCAUUGCACAAAACCUUUUAUGUGGUACCUUGCCAAAUGCCUUUUGGAAAUCCAAGUACAGUAUGUCACCAGGCUUCUUUUUAUCCACAGCAAAUGUCACUCCUUCAAGUAAAUCAAAUAAAUUGUUCAAACAUGAUUUCCUUCCCACAGAACCAUGCUCACUCUGAUGGUGAUUAUCUUAAGUAUUGCUAAAUGCACAGCUAUAAUUACUUCCCUCAUUCUAAUGCUUCCUUCAUUACAGACAUUAAGCUUACUGGUCUAUUGUUUUAUGUUACCUGCCUCCCUUCUCUUUUGAAUAGAAGGAUUAUAAUUGCUGCUUUCCAGUCUGGUGGUAAGUUUCCAGAAUCUAGAGAAUUUUGGAAAGUUAAUCCUAAUGCAUCCACUACCUUGUAAACCACCUCCGGAAUUUUCUGCUCUAACAAAUUAUCUUGAAAACUUCUCAUCUAAACUACUAUUGCCAAUUUUUCCAAGUUAAUAAAGUGUCCCAAUUGCUGAGUCUUAAUCACAAGCAAUCGAUAUUUAUUCUUGCAUACUUUGUCUCCCAUUGUGGUUACCAUAAGAGGGCCUAUAGAAACUCCCACUAGGCUGCAGCUUUGGCGUUGGGGGAGUCUGGAGCCAGGAGCCAGGGUGGCAUUGUUUAGAGGAGUGGUAAAUGGGGAACAAUGUGUAUGAGACCAGGACCAUGGCUCCAGUUCAGAUGUGGCAGUUGUGGUAGUGGUGGUAAUAGCAGAGGAGGGCCCAUAAUCGAAACCCUAGAGCCCAGUACAGAGACCCUGCCCAAUGUCAAGCAGCAUCUGGGGGAGCAGUGGAGGAGGAACAAAAAGAAAAGAGAAAGAUGAACUUUAUUACAGUAAAAUCUUGCAUUAUAUUCAUGUUUCAGUGUGGCAACACAUUGUGUUUAACACAUGAGAAACAAUUUUCACUGUAAUUUUCUAUAAAUGUGACAAUAAAUCUAAAUCUUUUACCCACUAUUCCUCAUCUUCAACCAAGCUGAUCUACAUCUUGAGUCUCUUGAACUAAGGUCAUCUCUAGCCAUUGCAGCUAAGCCAUUUUGAAGGUUGACAAAAAUAGAGCUCCCCUUACCAAAAUCACUGACUACUCCACUGCAUUUUGUACCACUGCAACUAACCUAUUGUUUAUAAUUCUGAAAUCGAAAUAAAUCUACAAUCUGGAAAUUACAGAACCGGUUUAGGCCAGUUUGUUAAUCAGCUAAACCCCGCCAAUCUUCUGCACUUUGCCCCUGCUCCAGCUUUCUUUGUGACCUUGCCAAGACAGAUUCUGUAGAGAGAACUACAGCACUUACGUGUAAAGGUUAAACCAGUGAAAGCAAUGAGAUUCCGCAGGCGAGGACACCACCUAUCAUUCUAACAUGAACAGUGAAAAGAAAGUUCACAUUUUCCUUGGAGCACCAGCCAAUUUGACUCAGCAGAGAACAUCAGCAAAAGAAGCAGUAGCUGAUGGCAGCUCCACGAAGUGGCUUCAGUGCCAGUUCUUGUAUGAUAACGGAUCCCUCAAAGCUAUUCCUAGGAAGUGCAGCAGCAAGGAGUCGCAGAAACACUUCGAUUGCCAGAAAGCAACAUUGCAGCUGGAAAAUCAAUCUGGACAGACUUCUACUUCAAAAAGUGAAGAAGGAAUUAUAAUUUUCAGUCAAGAAUGCACUUUUAAGAAUCUUGAUGCUUCCUUGUUAGAACAGAGAACCAGCAAAUAUGAUGUUCCAUGUUAUAAAGACUUCAAUGCCAGAAAAAUAUCAAAACAGCACAGGAAAGAAUUGAGCAAUAGUAAAUUGUUGAAUUCAGAAGAGGGUCUGAAAAUAACUGAAGAAUGUGAUUGUGGUUUCGUCAGUCCUGACUGCUCAGGCGAAAAUGUCAAGACAUCUUUGAAACCUGACAAUAGGAGCAGACAGAGUGAGAAAAAUGGGGCUGACAGUCAGGACCCGCCUGGUAGAAUAACAGAGCAGAAUGCAUCUUUGGAAGAAGAUUGUCCAAAGUUUCUCUGUGACUCUUUGAUGGAAUAUCGUCAGAAUACUUUUCCAGCUGAAGGGCAGGAUUCUUGUUUCAGAUGCAUAUCUGUAAAAGAAAAUUUAUCAACUGAUGCCGAGUUCCUCAGUGUGUUAACUGCCAGUCAAACUGCUAUUCUUUCACAGGCGUUUUCAGAGAGUCAGUUUAACACACAAGAUUUGUAUAAAAAUGUAAAAGGUAAACUGAAAACAAAAACAAAUGUCAAUGAGCUGUCCUGUCAGUCACUUACAUCUACUCAUAAUUUUAUUAGACAAUUUGGACAAAGUGCCAGUGAGACAAUGUAUAAGCAAGUUAACAGUUCUGAAAAUACCCCAGAACUUUUCAACUUAUUUAGUGACCAGCAACUGUCCACCAAUGAGUCUGUAAAUAGAAGGACAUUAAAAGGCUCAGUACAGUCUUUCAUUCCCUCCACUAAAUGGUCAAAUGAUGAUGUUGAGAUUAAUAUUGAACCAUACAGUGGAGGUCUCCUGUGUACUCAGGUUUCAGAUAAUGCUGACUGGUCUUUAAAAAGAUCAAUGGAGGUUGCUAAGGAGCCUGAGGAGGUAAAGCAGGUGACAAAAACAUCAAGAUCUCCAGUUUGUUUAGAUAGCGAUCCACCAUCAACUAAGAAAAUAAAGACAAUGGAUUCUGAGAAAAUAUCUGACCUUGGGCAGUAUCUGAAGGUAUGGAGAGAUCAAUGGCUAACACCUCAUAUUGGCUUUAUUGAAACAGAACGGCUUAAGAACUGCACUGAAAGAAAUAGGAAGUACAAUGUUUUGGUCACUGUACAGUUCCGCUGUCUCCUGAAGGAAAUACAGAUCAAAUCAGGAACAUUCGCUGGCCGUGGAAUCCCCAUAACAACUAUUUUGGUUACAGACCAAUCAAGAGUCGUCAAAAAAAUUACACUGUGGCGAGCAGCUGCUUUCUGGACACUUAGUGUCUUCCCUGGAGAUGUCUUACUAAUAACAGAUGUUGUUGUACAUUGCGACCAAUGGCAGGGAGAGGAGUUGUUGCAGUCCACCCCAAGGAGCAAAAUGAUCAAGAUGGGACCUUGCUUACAGAUUCAAAUAGCUCAAUGGUCCCAGACUGUGAACACAAUGAUAUUGAAGGAGCUUAUAGCAUAUAUUUCAGCUCAACACUCCUAUCUUUUGAUUGUGGAGCCCACAAACUCUCAGCGCCUAGAGUCCAUGCAAUAUGUGAACAUUAAUGAACUGCAACCAGGCAUGGUAGUACACGCACGACUCAAAGUUGUCCUCAUGACUGUGAUGUCAGAGAGCACCUACACAUACCGUGGAAAGAAACAACAGAAGAUAGUGCUGAGUGUGGAGCAAGUCAAAGGUCACCCAAGCACCUUGACACUUUGGGGAAGUAAGAUUGCCUGGCACUCUUGGAUUCAAAAGAAAUUGGGUCAUGUUUGGGACUUCCGAGAUCUGCUUGUCUUUCAAAAUUCUAUCACUGGAGACCUAGAACUGCACUCCACACCUUGGUCAUCCUGCGAGUGCCUGUUUGAUGAUGAUGAAAGAGCCAUUGCAUUCAGGAACAAGUACCAAUCCAGUGAUGUAGCAUCUGUUAAAGUAAUGGACCUUUCCACUCUGCUACAUACCAGAUAUUCAGGAACUGUUCAAUUAAAGACCCACAUAGCAGCAAUGCAGUGGCAUAUCCAUUCCACCCAUAUCCCCUUGUUCAAAAUUGAUGCAUUUACUCCAGUGGAGUCAGCCUUUGGCUCACUGAUCCAUUUUACAUACUCCGGCUGUGGAAGCUGUGGCUCUGAAUUGGGAUUUGAUGAAAAUGGUAUCUACCAGCAGUGCAUUCCAUGCCUACCAAAGAGCACUGUGAAAGUCUUUUACAGGCCCACAGUACUUGUGCUAACAGAACAAGAUUCCCAGAUUGAUGUUCUUAUCUCAUCCAAACUCAUGGAGAAGAUAUUUCUCAAUAUUCCUCCUGCUUCGCUGAGCAAACCCAUAGGUCCAUCUGAUAACGUGACAUAUGGGAUGGUGGUAGCAGAUUUGUGCUGUUCAUUGUUUGCAGACCCUACUGACUGUUACACACUGACUUUGCAAAGCCAGUUUCAUCUGGAUGAAAACAGCAUCGCCAUGAAUCAGGAAUUCUAUUUGUUGGAUUUCUGCCCUGACCAUUACCCUCUAAGCUUGUUAGAAACUGAAAGGUGAAUUUAUCAAUCCCAAGACUCCCAGGUGUGGUUGGGCUGCUAUGUAACAGGUGAUGUUGUUAUAGGGGAAUGCUAUUUAUUACUUUUCAUUUCAAGGCAUGGACAUCAUUAGCAAAGGCAGCAUUUAUCUCUCACCCAUAGUUUCUCUUGCACAGGUGUUGGUGGCCUUCAAAUUCUACAAUUCGAGAUGAAGGUACUCCUACAGUACAAAUUGAGAACUUUGUAACUUGAAGAGAAUCUUGGAAGUGAUGGUUUUUCCAUGCAUAUCCUGUCAUUUUCCAUGUAGGUUGUGGAGCUCACAGGUUCUGGAAUUGGCAGCUUACCCUCUGCAACCUAUAGAUUGUGCAUGCACUAUGUGAUGACAAGUGGAUCCUGAUAACAAAGAGAGUAAAUGCUACAACUCUACAGGUUUGAGAAAGGUUCCAAGCUUGACGCUGAAUCUACCCUUAAUGCUUGAGAUCUCAGAACAUAAAAGGGUGUCUCAUCUCUCCCAGAUUUCUAUAAUUGCGGAGAUGUCACCGUGUGGGAGUGCUGAUGACACUGUGGACAGCUAACCUGCUGCAUUUUCUCAGGGUAAGAGCAGACAUGCUCCCAACAUUAUCGCUUUGUCAGCCAGCCCAAAAUUUUCCGUCCAUGCCAAGAUGUUGCAGUCUAAAGCUGGGUCAUCAUGCCCAGAGCUCUCAAUGGCAGGCAAGGGCACCUUGUAAUUGGUACAAAGCGAAUGCAUAAAGGUGCAUAGUUCAUUUUUGUUUUUACGGUUGGAUAUAUUCUUUGAUAAAGAUUUUAUAUAAAGGC